AUCCGACGAAGGGUACACAUGGAAAACAGAGAAUACUUUCACAUUCUCACUGAACCAUAACACACUGAACCAUAACACCGUCUCGAAUCAAUCAAUCUCCCCAUCGCCAUUGGUACGAGAUCCGGAAAGCAUGGGUGGCUGUCCGUAAAGUCCAACGGCCAAAAUAACUCGCAGGUGGCGCCAGCUGAAGUUUGUAUUUUCUUAUCAGCGCUACACCCACCCUCAUCUGGGUUCCCAACAACUCACUCAUUCAUCGACUCACCCACUCCAUGACGAUUUCUUUCCUCGACUUACCCCUGGAGAUCCGGGUCCAGGUGUAUGCCCUCACCUUUGGCAGUGGCAAGGUACUACUUGAAGUCCCUUAUGGCGAGAACAGCGCUUGCCUGAUUCCUCGGAACAGCACCUUUCGAACAUACACGUCCCGAUCGUCGCAGUUGUUGCGAGUCAAUAAGAUGAUCCUGGUCGAGGCACGAGAGGUACUCUACACCAACACAACCUUUCACAUUUUCAGUCAUGUUUUUGCUGGUAGGUUGCCUACCCGAACCACCGAUGGACAUGGUUGUGCGCCGUAUAUCAGGCACUUGAUCUGGCAGCUGGACUGUGAUAUAAUGAUGCGGUUUUAUCCAGAGGACUUGAAAAUAGAUGUCGAUCAUGCAAGAAGAUGGAAGAGUCUCGAGUUGCAUUGUCGAGCAGAUACUUGGCAAAAUUCGUUUCUCGGAGAGUCCUGUGAUCGAGAAGCGUUCAUUAAGGGAAGAGAGCAGUUGAUAGCCUAUGCAACUGAGUUUCAGCAUGUCAUGAGCAGUCCGCAUCUCAUUUCUCAAACGGCCAAGUUGGUAGAAGAUAGGAGUCAGCUUGAUCUUGGGCGAUUGAUCGUGAGUUUGAAAAGGAACAGGAAAUGCCAGGGGCAAGAUGGGAUUCUGCUUGGGUGACCAACAAAGGUUUGCUGGUAUCGGGUUUCGAGAGGAAAGUGGCACGAUGUGUUGCAUCAUCUGCUUACCUGAAGACACGAUAAGGAGACCUGGAGGGACUGAAUCUUUCGUCACCAAGUUGAACAAACAAUCCAUGUCGUUUUGAUGAAAUCACAUUUCGACUGUGAGACACAGGUCGCAGGCCCGGGCAUGGCGUCAACGCAACGUCCAAUGGAGUGCAAAUCAGAGAUCUGUGAUUUCCUGGACAGGCAUUAAUUGAGGGAAUUGCUCGAAGUCGAAUGUUACCUUCGAAUGCCGAGUGAUAGUGAACGAAGUCCCCGGAAGGAGCCGAUCUCGACAGAAAGCGGCCCCCGAAACUGACUCCAAAAGCAUCAUCAUCUUGAAGAUCAGGCGAGAGCGGACUUGAAACCUGGCGACGCUUGAUGUCGAUGAGGAGCUCACUAUGCUUAUUUUGUGUUAGUCUGGUAGAGAAGUGAGGGCCGUGGUCGUUGAUCUGGCCAACACAAUGCAAUUUAGUUCGUGCCAGACCAGCCGAGGCCGUAUUUGUUGAUGAUUGGCGACUGCUCUAGAGGUUGGGGGCUGGAAAAUAUGGCAUUAAAGCUAGCAGAGGAGAAUGAGACAAGGAUCAGACUCCGGUCGGGCGUUCUCAGACGGUUGUGGCAAGCAGGAAGUUUCAGUUGGAUCAGCAACUAGAAAAUCGACAGGGGUUGAAGUUUGGGAAAGGGACGAGGAAGAUAAGAAAGAGAGCGAGAAAGAAAGAAAGAACAAGAUUAUGCCAUUUCAAGGACGGAGUACUGUACGAGUACGGGUACCGUAGUUGGCUAGCAGCUGUAGGGAAAAGCCAAGUGUCAAAUGCAAGUGCAAGGAUAUGGUUUGCAGUAGGUACCUAAGAAUUAUCACCUUUGAUAGAAAGUGAAGUGAGUGAGGUUGGAAUGGAGGAGGUUGUCGUACUGGUACAGAGUACGAAGUAUCCGUGUUGGUACCGACACUUAUUUCUUCAGUGACGCAAGGGAUACAAUUACAGCCAGAGAGAGAGAGUAUGAGUACGAGGAUGGAGUACUGAGUAGGUAAGUAUGUACGGAGUAAUCAAUCCCCAGAUGAGCCCUCCACGUUUUCCC